UUCUCAGUUCAAGACGUCACACCCACACGCUUCACACCGAUUUGCUGUCCCAUCCCACCCCCUGGCUUCCGGCCCUCCUGCCCGGAUGAGACAGACCCAUCCGCAUGUCCACCCCAGAUCCUCAUUGACUGGCCAGGAAAAGGUUAAGGAUGAGGUCAACAGGCCAGAGAUUGCAUCGCCUGAGGAAUUGUCUGAGGAAGUUCAACGGAGAGGCGCAGAAAUUGCAAAUAUGUAUAAAGCACAGCUGAAAGAGAGGAUGGCCCAAAAGAGAAAGGAAGAGAUUCUGAAGAAAAGGGUAAACAACGAUGACAAGAACGAUGACACUGAGGCCUCCUGUUCCUCUGCAGUAGAACAAUCCAAUACCCCUGCCACAGCCCCCGAGCGCCCGGCCAGCCCAGACGCCACGCCAGUGGCCGCCCAAAAGGACACUCAGGGGGACACCCAGCAAGACCUGGCAGACGUUGUGAAUGUGCUCAAGAGGCAAUCAUCUGAUCUAUACCUGCCUGACGACGUUUGUGAGGAGUCACUCACAUGGAAGUCCAUUUACGAGGAGCUGUGCCCGCUCGCUCACAGGGUGAACACAGAAGCUGACUACAUCAAGGCGCUCCGCGUCAUCACUGAGAAGGCUGUGACUCCCUCGUGCUCGUCUGAGGAUGAUGUGUCUCAGAGUGUGAGUGAGGUCACAAGUCAGGAGGGGAGUAGUGAAAGUGAGGAGAGCAUGAGUGGACAACAGCAGAGAUGUCUACACAGGGAACCUUAUGGUGAGAGGGACAGGAAGGAGAUUGAUAGUGGUAAAAUGGAAGGGAGAUAUGCAACCGCCAAUGCAUUGUCUAUGAUGGCAAGCCGAGGGAAAGAAGAACUUAAUGCCAUGAGCUACGCAGACAGGAUCAAAUAUUUCAAGGACGAGGCUAAGAGAAAUGAAGAGAUGAUGAAGAUUGAAAGGAGGAAGGAAAAAGCCAGGGACGAAGAGCUCAAAAAGUGGGAAAAGAGACAGAAGAAAUUGAAGAAAUUGAAUGAGGAGGAAAGGAAAAGGACAGAAAAUAUGGAAAAAAACAAGUUAGAGGAGCAGAGGAAAAGGGAGAAGGCAGAGAUGAAACUAAAGAUCGAACAUGAGAAAAAGAGACAAGAGCAAGAGAAAAAAAGAGAGAAAAAAGAAAGAAAGAAGCAGGAGAUGCAACAGAAGGCCCGUGCAAAAGAAGAGAAAAAGAGGGCAGAGGAAGAGAAAAAGAUGGAGAAAAAGAGGGCAGAGAUGUUGAAAAAGAUUGAGAAACAGAGGAUGGAGGAGGAGAGGAACAGGGAAAAGGAGAGAAUGAAGGUGUUGGAGAUGCAGCAAAAGGCACGAGAGAAAGAAGAGAAGAGGAGGAAAGAGGAACAGAAAAGGAGAUUGAAGAUACAGCAGGAACAAGAGAAGGAGGAACAGAAAAGGCAGACAAGGAUACGGGACGAGGAUAAGAAGAGAGCAGAGCUUCAAAGAAUAAAAGAUCACGAGGCCAGGUUCAAGAUGGAGAUGGAGAAACUGUAUGAGAGAGAAGAGAGGAAUGCACAGAUUGAAAGAGAAAAGAGGCGUGCGCUGUGUCAGAAAAAAGGGCAGACACAGAGAGCAAAACAGGUGGUGGCAUACGAGGUCACAGCGUCUACAUCUGACGCCUCUGUGCGGAGGGAAGAGAGGGAGCAGCGUCCAGAGACCGCUCACACACAGUCUGCGAAGAGGAGAACAAGGAAGAAGCAGAAGAAAGCGGCGGACGAGGCAUUGACAACUUUUGAGUAGAUGACAAAAGAAAAUACUAACAAAAAAAAUGAGAAAAUAAGCAAAAGGAGGAAAAUAUUAUAAGGAAGCCAGGCAUGAGGGUGAAGAGGAGGAAACAUGAGAGAGGAGGAAGGGAGACCAGAGUGGUUUAUCAGGAGGUCAGUAGAAGAUACAGAAUUCAAGUUCUGAUGGACAGAAUCAGGAAGGACCAUGGGAUAAAAGGUAAAUGAGAUUAGCAGUAAAGAGCUGAGUGGAUCAAAAGAAAGUAAUGGAAAACACAAGAUAAACAGAGGUGAAAACAUUUUAUAAGAGUAAAAGAGAGGAGAUUGAACUAAAAUUCCGAUGGACAUAUGGCCAAAAUAACUAUCUAAAUAACUAAGGAUGAGCAGAAAAGGAGAAGACCAAGAGCACAGGAAAAAGAGCCAACAGACAUGUCAAAAAUAACUGAAGUCUGCCUCUUCUACUUCUCUUUUAAAGUUGCUUUGGUUUCCUUUUGUCCUCUUUCCAAGCCUGUUCAAGUCUGAGAUAGAUGAAAAGAGCAGCCAAAGAAACAGAUCUGUUGAAGCAUCAAUAGGAAAGGAUGUAAGGGAGGGAGGCAGGAAGAGGAAAACACAGAAGAGCAGAUGAGGAGCACUCUAUGUUCUGCUUCCAUGUGGAUUGACAGCAUUGCUUUCAUGAGCUGCUGGAGGACACCAUGGAGGAAGAGGGUUUAUGAUAGGCAGUUUGCCAUGGCCCUAAAUGGGCUUUUGGAUGUUAAUUCUUCCUGCUUUAUAUCAUACAACUUUACAAUAAAAAUGAAUUGCACGCAUCAGCCUUUUCUGUUUGAUUGUGAUCAGUGCAGUAGUAGUAAGAUUGGUGUAAACCCAAGGAAUAUUCUGGCAGUAAUGUUCAGUUGGUAUAAAAUAGUGUGAUAAGAAAUGAUCAACAUCUUAUGAAAACAAUAUGGAAAUAGAAAUAUCAAAAGAAGUGUUGCAUUUACUUAGUAAUAGCUAUUUCUCCCUCAUAGAGAAUGGUGUCCUUGUUGUGAUCAGUCCAUCGACAAAUGCAUGUAUGCGCGCACACACACCCACAGAGAGUUAGUCAUGAUUUCCCUGAGUCAUCAGACUCUGGUGAAGGUUUCUUUGCAUCUUGAGCAGUCUGUGUUGUAUCCUUGCCGGACUCAUCUAUAACAAUCUCGAAGGCCGCCUCUUCUUCUACCCUCUUCACUU